AGGGCGAGGCAGUCAACACACUGCUGAAGAAUAUCAGUGGCACUCAGGCUCCUUGCAAGACAGGACAGUUUCUUCAGAUGGAGGUUUCAGAGGUGAAUAUGUCAGACCUGGAGAGUGGCAUGGUCAACAUUAUCAAAGUUUUCCAAAAAUACUCUGGUCAAAAGUGCAAGCUGAGGAAAGCAGAGCUUAAAGCGCUUAUUAACAACGAGAUGAAUAAUUUUAUUAUGAAAAUCCAAGAGAAUGAAACUCUGGAUGAGCUCUUUGCGGACCUCGACCAGAACGGAGACCUGGAGAUUGACUUCAAGGAGUUCAUCACCCUCAUCUCCAUGGUCACCUCAGCGUGCCAUGAACUCUUCAUCCCGAAACAACCAUAAUGAUUAGUUAGUUAGGUUGUUUGUUUAGAUCCCCAUUAGCUACUGCAAUGUCACAGUAGCUACUCUUCCUGGGGUCCUCUUUUGUAUUCUUUAAACAAUACUUCUAUAACAGAAACUAUAUCAGUACACAUCCAUAACAUUCAUAUUCACUAUGAGACACAAUACACAACACAACAAUAAGACACCAAAGUCUGUAUACUACAUACAAUAGCUCUAUAAAAUAAUUAAAUUUCUUACAUAAUUAAGACAAGAAAUCACAUUGCAUCUUAUGUUUACUCAUUACUAAGUAUAAAGAAUUUGAGCAUCACAGUAAAUGUCUGAUUUAUUUAUGUGAGACUGGAUGAUGUACUACUGAGUGUAUAUGAAUAAGGUGUCUGAGAAGAUUUUAACCAAGAUGGAUCUUUGUUACAACUUUUGUUUAGUUUUGUAUAAGUUUGUUGUAUAGAAUGAAAUGUACAAUGAUAACACAUGAAAGAUUCCUCAACUACUACUUUGUUUACCAUGAACAUUUUUUUAUGUCUGUUAUUAUUUGAAAGGCUACAGACAGGCAUUGGAAAUUAGUAGUAGCUAAAAAUGCUGUGAUAUGUUGCACCGCAGUGAAUUGUUGAAUGCAAUUAUCUGUAUACACUGUAUCUGUCCCUAUCAAAUAAACAUGUAAUGAAAUGAAAA